AGAACUUUACCUGUAAUAGACCAGAUUAUAGAUGCAAAUAUCCCCACGACAACCAAACUCCUCAUGAGUACAUUUUGUUUUUCCAUUUUCACAGCUGAUCUCUAUCUCUGUCUUCUCAGAUCUGAGAAUACAUUUAAGGCUCUUUCAAGUUUGCCUUAAGUAGUAAAUAAAGAGGAACUGAAAUGUGGGGGGAUACAUCCUGUCCUUUGCAAGCACAUUUAUUUUUGUGAAUGAUUACUGUGGCAGCGGGGGCGUGGUCAAGCAUCUCUCCGGAGAGAGAAAGCGGUAAGGGCGCUUACUCCUGAGCUAAAUUAUGUCUAACACCUGUCUCUAAUUUCAGUGAGUACGGGGAGAGCGGCAUAAAGAGAGCGACACAACGCUCAGAGGACAGACUGGAUAUGACAGAGCUGAGCCAGGGUGACCAUUCCUGAAUAGUAGAAGUUGUUUGUAGAAGCAGUGUGUGUGUGUUAGUGUGGUUAGAGUGUACGGAAGUAACUAUAAAGUGUUGUCGAGGAAAAGGGGAAAUAAAAGCGUCACCUGGAAAAGGAAAAACUGCUUCUCGCGUCCUCUUUUACACUGGUGCCGAAACCCGGGAACUGAAGUUUUGGGUCGAAGAUGGAUGGAGGUCGUCCCGUAGAGUCCUCCCAGUUGGCGGAGAUCCUCCAAGCCCUCACCAGCCUACAUCGGAACCACCAACAAACGCUGCUUGAGCUCCGGCAAGAUCAAGACCGCUGGUUUGUCGAGCUCAUGCAUGCUCAAGCCGAGGACCGGCAGGCGAUCCGGAGCCUCCUCAGCCAGGGGGCAUCCUCAGCCGCGACCCCGGACACACCCACGCCGUUACCCCCGCCAGCAUUACAGAAAAUGGGGGCGGCGGACGACCCCGAGGCUUUCCUGGAUUUGUUUGAGCGGACCGCCGAGAUCUGGGGCUGGCCGCUCGGCCAAUGGGCAGCCCGACUGAUCCCACUACUGUCCGGGGAAGCCCAGCUCGCGGCUCAACAACUGCCAGUGUCGAGCCUCCUGGCCUACGGAGAUCUAAAAAAAGCCAUCUUGCAACGGGUUGGUCGCACUCCGGAGGAAAGUCGUCAACUCUUCCGGAGCUUGAAGUUGGAAAGCUCUGACCGCCCGUUUGCCUUUGCCCAGCGGCUCCGUGACGCCUGCCGAAGAUGGCUGUUAGCGGGGGAUCGCGACGUCCAGGGAAUUAUCGACCAGGUGGUACUGGAACAGUUCAUAGUUCGACUGCCAAAAGGAACGGCGGAGUGGGUCCAGUGCCACCGCCCGGCAUCGUUGGAGGAAGCUAUCCGACUUGCGGAGGACCACAUGGCGGCUAUCCCGAGGACAGAAGAUCCCUCCUACCUUCUCUCUCCUCCCUCUGUUUCUUCCCCCUCCCUUCUCUUUCUCUCGUCUGCUCUCUCUCCAGGUCCCGUUCCUGCCCCACGCAGACGAGGAGGAACCCAGCCCCUGAGACCAGUUCCCCGGGUGUGGGAGGCGACACCUUCCCCUACUCCAGUGCCCCGCCACUCUCCCCCUCAGGGGGGGGCGCCCGCCGACGCAAGUGCGGGCGUGGCACCUGGGCCGGCCUGCUGGAGGUGCGGAGACCCGAGCCACUUCCGAGAUCAGUGCCCUCUGAUGGAGCUGGGGACGGUGGUGCGGGUCUCUGACCUCCCACAGGCUGCCCCCGACCGGGCCGGAGCGUACCGGAUAUCGGUAAGUAUCAAGGGGGGUACUCACCAAGCGUUGGUGGAUACUGGGUGUAAUCAAACCACUAUCCACCAACGCCUGGUUCAACCCGAGGCAUUGGUCACAUCCAAAACGGUGAAGGUGAAGUGUGUACACGGGGAUAUUCACAAGUAUCCAGUGGUGACCCUGACAAUUAAAUUUAGGGGGAAAAAGCAUAGAGUGGAGGCUGCGGUUAGUUCCCGCCUCACCCAUCCGCUGAUUUUGGGGACUGAUUGGCCUGAUUUUAAAGCUUUAUUAAAGGGAAUUUGUGUGGAUGGGUCCUGUGUGAGAAUAGGGAGAUGUGUGAUGUGCGAUGCUCUGGCAGGGGAGGCGGAGCCGGGGCCGUCCUCGACAGCUCCACGUCAUGAUGACGAGAGAGGGGGAGAGGCUGCGGCCCCUCCCCUUCUCAGGGAAUUCCCUGAGGGAGAUUUCCCUUUGGGGCAGUCGCGAGACGAAACCCUCAAACACGCCUUUGACCAAGUGAGAGUUAUCGAUGGUCAACGACUCCAGCCUGACAUCGCACUUUCAUAUCCCUAUUUUGCAAUUAUAAAUGAGCGGUUGUAUCGAGUGACACAGGACACUCGAACCAAAGAGGAUACAACCCAACUUUUGAUUCCAAUGAGCCGUCGGGAAAUGGUAUUCCAGACGGCUCAUUAUAAUCCUAUGGCAGGUCACCUAGGAGAAAGGAAAACACUGAACCGUCUAAUAGCCCGUUUCUAUUGGCCGGGCAUUGGCGGCGAUGUCCGCAGGUGGUGUGCGGCAUGCCGCGAAUGCCAGCUGGUUAACCCACCGGCCACCCCAAAAGCGCCAUUGCGCCCUCUCCCUUUGAUCGAGGUCCCCUUUGAGAGAAUUGGAAUGGACCUCGUCGGGCCAUUAGAACGGUCAGCACGCGGACAUCGCUUUGUAUUGGUCCUAGUGGACUAUGCAACGCGAUAUCUGGAAGCAGUGCCUCUUCGCAACAUCUCAGCACGCAGUGUUGCGGAGGCACUCUUCAAAAUAAUCUCCCGGGUGGGGAUUCCGAAAGAAAUCCUCACCGAUCAAGGCACAACGUUUAUGUCACGGACACUACGCGAACUGUAUGAAUUAUUAAAUAUUAAAUCGAUUCGCACCAGUGUAUACCAUCCUCAAACGGAUGGCCUGGUGGAACGAUUUAAUAAAACCCUCAAAAACAUGAUUUGUAAGUUCGUGCACGACGAUGCUAGAAAUUGGGAUAAAUGGCUCGACCCCCUGUUAUUUGCAGUACGAGAGGUCCCGCAAGCCUCCACUGGCUUCUCCCCAUUCGAGCUGCUGUAUGGGCGACGCCCACGCGGCGUGCUUGAUGUAUUGCGAGAAGCCUGGGAGGAAGGACCUUCGAACAGUAAAAAUGAAAUUCAGUACGUUCUUGAUCUUAGAGCAAAACUCCACACCUUGGGGCAACUAACACAGGAGAAUUUGCUCCAAGCUCAAGAACGACAGCGCCGACUGUAUGACAGGGGAACUCAGCUAAGGGAAUUUGCACCGGGAGAUAAAGUGCUUGUAUUGCUUCCCACAUCGAGCUCUAAAUUACUCGCCAAGUGGCAAGGACCCUUUGAGGUCACACGACGAGUGGGAGAUCUCGAUUAUGAGGUUAAACGAUCCGAUAGAGGGGACGCACGUCAAAUAUACCACCUCAAUCUCCUAAAAUUGUGGAGGGAGGUGGUCCCCGUGACGUUGGCUACGGUGGUUCCCGAGAAGGCGGAGCUCGGACCGGAGGUGAGCUCAAAACAUAAACAGUUCACCCCGGUCACUUGCGGAGACCACCUCUCACCGAGCCAACUCGCGGAGGUUGCCAGGUUGCAACAGGAGUUUGCAGAUGUGUUUUCCCCUCUACCGGGACGUACAAACCUCAUCCAUCACCACAUCGAGACCGAGCCGGGGGUGGUGGUACGUAGCCGCCCCUAUCGACUACCCGAACACAAAAAGAAAAUUGUUCGGGAGGAAUUGGAUGCGAUGCUUGAUAUGGGGGUAAUAGAAGAAUCCCACAGUGAUUGGUCCAGCCCAGUUGUUCUAGUGCCUAAGAGCGACGGGUCUGUGCGAUUCUGUGUGGAUUAUAGAAAAGUCAACGCGGUGUCUAAAUUUGAUGCAUAUCCAAUGCCUCGCGUUGAUGAGUUGCUCAAUCGGUUGGGCACUGCUCGUUUUUAUUCGACAUUGGAUUUGACGAAGGGUUAUUGGCAGAUCCCCUUGACACCAAUUUCCCGUGAGAAAACCGCCUUCUCCACACCGUUUGGAUUACACCAAUUUGUGACACUUCCGUUCGGUUUGUUUGGGGCCCCGGCUACGUUUCAGCGUCUCAUGGACCGAAUCCUCAGGCCGCAUUCAGCUUACGCCGCUGCCUAUUUAGAUGACAUCAUCAUUUAUAGCAAUGAUUGGCAGCGGCAUAUGCAACACCUGAGGGCGGUUCUGAGAUCGCUGCGCCGAGCGGGGCUCACAGCGAACCCGAAGAAGUGUGCGAUUGGGCGGGUGGAGGUACGGUAUCUGGGGUUCCACUUGGGCCACGGGCAGGCGCGUCCCCAAAUUGACAAGACAGCGGCGAUUGCGACCUGCCCGAGACCCAAGACCAAAAAGGGGGUGAGGCAGUUCCUGGGGCUGGCUGGCUACUAUAGGAGGUUUGUGCCUAACUAUUCGGACGUCACCAGCCCGCUGACUGAUCUCACUAAAAGGGAGCUCCAGAUCCGGUCCAGUGGACGGAGCAGUGUCAACAGGCGUUCACGCAAGUUAAAGCCGCACUUUGCGGGGGGCCGCUGUUACAUUCACCUGACUUCUCUCUCCCUUUUGUUUUACAGACAGAUGCUUCAGACAGGGGGCUGGGGGCCGUGCUCUCGCAGGUGGUGGGGGGGGGGGAGCGCCCGGUGCUGUACAUUAGCCGUAAGCUCUCGUUAAGGGAAACUAAGUACAGCACCGUGGAGAAGGAGUGUCUCGCCAUCAAGUGACCGGUCCUCACUCUCCGAUACUACCUGUUGGGGCGGGCCUUCACCCUCUGCUCGGAUCACGCCCCACUCCAGUGGCUCCACCGCAUGAAAGAUACUAACGCCCGGAUCACCCGUUGGUAUCUGGCUCUUCAGCCGUUUAAGUUCAAGGUGGUCCACAGACCGGGGGCGCAGAUGGCUGUCGCCGACUUCCUUUCCAGGAAUUGGGGGGGAGUGGUAGGCAGGCCGGAUGUCGCCCCGGCCUGAGUCGGGCGGUGGGGAUAUGUGGCAGCGGGGGCGUGGUCAAGCAUCUCUCCGGAGAGAGAAAGCGGUAAGGGCGCUUACUCCUGAGCUAAAUUAUGUCUAACACCUGUCUCUAAUUUCAGUGAGCACGGGGAGAGCGGCAUAAAGAGAGCGACACAAUGCUCAGAGGACAGACUGGAUAUGACAGAGCUGAGCCAGGGUGACCAUUCCUGAAUAGUAGAAGUUGUUUGUAGAAGCAGUGUGUGUGUGUUAGUGUGGUUAGAGUGUACGGAAGUAACUAUAAAGUGUUGUCGAGGAAAAGGGGAAAUAAAAGCGUCACCUGGAAAAGGAAAAACUGCUUCUCGCGUCCUCUUUUACAAUUACUUCAUUGUGGCAUUGACCAUAUCUGAAUUUCCGUGUACUUUUUAUUGGAAUAAACGUAUCUGUCAUAGAGCAGAAUAGUGUGGCAUGUUGUCACGCUACAUGGGGUAAGUUGUCACAGUGGGAACCUGUACAUGUCAUUGAACAGUCUAUUAUAGGCUUUUCAGAAACAUUUUGUAAAUAAAAAACAAAUAUAUAAAAAAUGAAUGUAUGCAAGUGUGGGUUUGUUGUGUCCACAUUUUUUAACUAUGUGUUUGAAACCAAUAUUCAAAAUUAAUUGCUAGAUAAAACAUACAUUUGUGUAAUUGGACUUUUGUCUCAACUUAUAUUGUAGUUACUGAGCUAUAGCCCCUAUGACAACUUCCCUGUGUGACAACUAGCCAGGGAUCCCCUAAAUAUGAAAUGUAAAUGCAAAUGCAUUUUACCAUGUAACAUUGACAAGUUGCUAAUUUACAGCCAUUGUCCAAUGAUCGAAAAGAAACAAAACAGGAAGUAAACACUGACGAUCCAAUAUUAGGCCUACUUCUAUUGUGGGUGGCAUUUUUCUGGCUGGUUUGAUGGCAUGGGUCGUGUCUUUCCAUUUCACAAUUGUCAAAUUCAAUUGCUCCACACCAUCAGAUUCUCUUGAAAAGUAAGGGAAUGUUUCAUGAACUUGACAGCAUCAUUUUCUGUGACCGAUUUACACACAGCAGCUACAGGAAGGCCAUUCAAGUACAAAAAUGAAACUGCAACCGAAACAUUGGAAAUAUUGCAACAAAAGUGACAUGAACAAGUCAAUGAUGUGUAUUUCUUUUAUUUACUAUUUAAAAUAGUAAUACAAUGAACUGCAUAGAGAAUGAGAAAAAGUACAGAGUAACAGUAAGAAAGUAUAGAAAGUAAAAGUAGUGGAGAAGCUGUAUAAAUGAAACCCCCAUUUAAUAUAACAUCUAAAAUAAAGAGCACCAUGUUCUCGUGUAUCCAUAUCAGUUACGUUUAUGGAAAAUUCUUCUUCCUCCCUUGAAUAAUGGACACUUUCAGGAAUGGUGGCUAUAAACAGAUACACUGCUUGGCCAAAAAAAUGUCGGAUACUCUAAUAUUUUGUUGGACCGCCUUUAGCUUUGAUUACGGCACGCAUUCUUCGUGGCAUUAUUUCCACAACCUUAUGCAACAUUACAACAUUUAUUUGCAUGCUGAGUUGCAUUAAUUUUUUCACACAUUCCAAAGAAUUUCAAUGGGGUUAAGGUCAGGACUCUGUGGUGGCCAAUUCAUGUGUGAAAAUGAUUCCUCAUUCUCCCUGAACCACUCUUUCACAAUUUGAGCCCGAUGAAUCUUGGCAUUGCGUCCUGGAAUAUGCCUGUGCCGUCAGGGAAGAAAAAAACCACUGAUGGGAAAACCUGGUCAUUCAGUACAUUCAAGUAGUCAGCUGACUUCAUUUUAUUGCUGCUUAAUGUUGCUGAGCCUAGACCUGACCGACUGAAGCAAUCCCAGCUCAUAACACUGCCUCCAGAGGCUUGAACAGUGGGCACUAUGCAUGACGAGGGCAUUGCAUCAUGCGUUUCCCUUCUUACCCUGAUGUGCCCAUCGCUUUUAAAUAGGGUAAAUCUGGAGUCAUCAGACCACAUGACCUUUUUCCAUUGUUCCACAGUCCAAUCUUAAUGCUCCCUAGCAAAUUAAAGUAGAUUUUUUCAAUAAGCCUCACUAACAAGUUUUCUUGUGGCCUCAGAGCUGUUUAGUCCCAAUUCUGUAAAUCCUUGUCAUAUUGUGCGUGUGGAAAUGCUCAUACUUUUACUGUUACAGUUUUUCUCAUUUGCUAAGACACGCUUAAUGAAACUGGGAUCCACUUGAUCUUCAUCUUCACCUUCUUAGCACAGCAGAAGUUUUCCCUUGCAAAUGUCUUAACACUUUUUCAUUUGUUUCACACAUUUUUCACACCUUUUGUCAAAACAGUUACCAAAGAUCUCAUUGAAAGACCCCAAACUCUAUUGGAUUGAACAAAAGGAAAACAUCUAUUCACAGCUGAUAGAAAGUACUUGCAUAAUUAUGAAUCUCUAAUGCACCUGUGUGAAACUCAUUUGCACAACUCUUCAAUCAGCAAUCAGUCCUCAUCCAUCUAUAAAAGAUGCCACCUCUGUGUUGCUAUUUGCAAGCAUGGAUCAAAGAGGCCAAAGGCAUGGAAGGAGAGUAAGAUGCCAUGGCAGAGGGGCCCGAGGAAGAGGAGUUUGCAUGCGUGGUGGAGGAGCCGCAGCAAGAGGAGAAAAUAGAGCUUAUGUUUCAAAUGAAAUUCGGGCAACAAUUAUUGACCAUGUCAUCAAUCAUGGCUUGUCAUUUAGAGAGGCUGGACAAAGGGUCCAGCCCAUUCUGAGUUGGAGCACUAUGGCAUCUAUUGUCAGGCUUUUUUGGAAUGAGAACUGGUAAGUCACAAUGUUACUGUAUACCAUAGUGUAUUUCAGCUUUACUGUAUUGCCCUGUUGGCAAAACAAACUGUGUCUACAGUAAUGCAGAUGUUUCAUCAAUCCCAUUUAUGUGACCGUCAUAAUGUCAAUUUUGACAUGCUUUUUGCUUUUACUUUGUAGAAUCCACACACUACCAUACACUGGUGGCAGAGGAAAGAUCUUUAGUGUUGAACAGGAGGCUGCCAUUGUAGAUAUGGUCAUGGCAAACAAUGUGAUCAGACUGUGUGAAAUCCAGGCAGCAGUAAUUGGAGAUCAGGAGCAUUUAGAAAUAUCAACAGUGUGAGUUUGGCAACUAUUGAUAGAGUCCUUAAACGAAACUAUGUCAGAAUGAAGCAGCUGUACAGAGUUCCAUUCCAAAGAAACUCUGACAUCAUGAAGGAGGCAAGAUUCCAGUAUGUGCAGAGAAUAAUGGAGAUUGAAACUGAAGGGGCACAUCACAAAUUCAUUUGUGGAUGAAGCUGGCUUCAACCUCUGUAAAGUGAGGAAUAGCAGGAGGAAUAUCAUUGGGCAGAGGGCCACUGUUACAGUGCCAGGUCAGAGGGGCGCCAAUAUCAGCAUGUGUGCUGCCAUCUCCAAUGAUAGUGUCCUUUGCCACAUACCAACUAUCAGCCCAUACAAUACAGAACGCCUCUUCACAUUUCCUGAUGCACUGAAUAAAAGACUGAUUCCACCCAAAGAGAGAGGGCUGUUGAGGCCUGGCAUGACUGUGUAUGUCAUCAUUUGGGACAAUGUUGCCUUCCACCACUCUCGCCUUGUGAAUGAAUGGUUUGCAGCACAGCCCCGUAUGAUGAUACAAUUCCUCCCUGCAUACUCUCCUUUUCUGAACCCAAUUGAGGAGUUCUUCUCUGCUUGGAGAUGGAAGGUGUAUGAUCACCGGCCAUAUGAGCAGAUGUCCCUCCUGGAGGCAAUGAAUGCUGGUUGCCUGGCAAUAGGUGCAGAGGAUUGCUAGGGAUGGAUACGCCAUGCAAGGAGGUAUUUCCCUCGGUGCAUUGCAAGGGAAAACAUCCAAUGCAAUGUUGAUGAGAACCUGUGGCCUAAACGUCAGGAACGAAUGGACUAAAUGUGAAGUUCUGAGUAUUUCAACUCUUUAUUUUGUUUUUUAGAUAUUUCCACCCAUAAGUUUCCUUUGGUUGCUUUUUUACGGUAUUCAGCAUUUCUGAAUUUGAAAAGUAUCAUAUAUUUCAUAUUGAUAGCUGUAUUUUGUAUUUUGUUGUCCAUUUUGUAAUGAUUGAUUGAAAGAAUAUAUUAAUUUGACCACAAGUUGUGGUGUUUGAUGGAAAUAGUUGCUUUUGUGAGUGUUAGAGCAUUUUGCAAACAAAAUAUUCAUUUUAGCCAGUGAGCUUCAGUUUUAGCCUGUGUGUUAACUGUUUCGAAAAUGUGAUGUCAGAGUGGUAAAUGUGUUUAAGCAAUCGAGGAAAAACUGUAAACAUAGCCGUGAGUUAGACUGUCGAUUUUUUUUAUGAUGUGACUU